AUGAGAUCAAUUCGCGUCACCAGAUCCUCUGGCGCUGGCACUCUGCGCUCUCUGCUCGCACUGCUCGUCAUCCUCUUGGUUUUUGCUGAUGUAGCCGAGGGCUGCGGCUGGAAGUUUGCUGCUGAAUUCGUCCCCAAGACUCUCGACAAGCUCCACAAGGAAAAGCAGAAGGAAAUCGAAAAGGCAAAAGAGAAGGAGAAAGCCGACGAUAAACGAGAGGGCGUCAACGAAGUAGAGGAGCCCAAGAACGACAACGAGACCGUCCCCCACAACGUCCCCAGCGGCAACGGCACAGCUGUAGUCGAGAAGCCGGGCGAAUACCCCGAGGGUUCUGAGAGCGACAGCGACAGCGAAGGCGACGACGAGGACGAGGACGAGGACGGAGACGAACACGACCAGAAAGCACCUGGCCAGCUCGGCAAGCGCGAGCUCCCCCAUUUCGUCAACCUCAACCACGCAUACUACGACAUCAUCACCAUGCCCGGCCUCGUCGAGUCCGGCGGCGACGGCAAGCAGCGCGUCGCCCUCGUCUCCAACCGCCUGCCCCUGACGAUUAAGCGCGGUGAGGAUGGCAACUACAACUUCGCCAUGAGCUCCGGCGGCCUGGUGACCGGCAUCUCGGGCGCCGCCAAGGACGUCAACUUCAGGUGGUACGGCUGGCCGGGGCUCGAGGUCCCCGAGGCCGAGCGAGGCCCCAUGAUCGAGAACCUGCAGAAGAAGUACUCUGCCGACCCCGUCUUUGUCGACGACGACCUCAUGGACAAGCACUACAAUGGCUUCUGCAACUCGGAGCUAUGGCCGCUGAUGCACUACCAUCCCGCCGAUGUCAUCUAUUCGGAGAUCGACUGGAACGCCUACGUCGAGGUCAACCGCCGGUUCGCCAAGACCAUGGCCCGCGAUGUCCAGGAUAACGACGUUAUCUGGGUUCACGACUACCACCACUUCAUCCUACCGCAGAUGCUGCGCGAAGAGAUCGGCACCUCUGCCAAGGGCGUCAAGAUCGGCUUCUUCCUCCACACGCCGUUCCCGUCCUCCGAGAUCAUCCGGGUCAUGCCCGUCCACGUCCGGGAGAGCAUCCUCAAGAGCCUGCUCUCGUGCGACCUCGUCGGUUUCCACACAUACGACUAUGCCAGACACUUCCUGAGCAGUUGCUCUCGACUACUGGGUGUCAACACCUCACCAAACGGCGCCGAGUACGAGGGCCGGUUCGUGACCGUCGGCGCCUUCCCCAUCGGCAUCGACGUGACCAAGUUCGACGACGCCUUCAAGAACCCCAAGGUGCUCGAGCGCAUCGACGAGCUGCAGAAGAAGUUUGCCGGCGCCAAGGUCAUCGUCGGCGUCGACCGCCUCGACUACAUCAAGGGCAUGCCGCAGAAGCUGCACUCGUUCGAGCUCUUCCUCAACGAGCACCCGGAGUGGGUCGGCAAGAUCGUCCUCAUCCAGGUCGCCGUGCCCUCGCGCGAGGGCGUCGACGAGUACCAGGCCCUCUGGCGCGAGACCAACGAGCUCGUGGGCCGCAUCAACGGCAAGUUCGGCACGGCCGAGUACAUGCCUAUCCACUGGCUCUACCACUCGGUCACCUUUGAGGAGAUGACGAGCCUGUACGCCAUCGCCGACGCCUGCCUCGUCACCUCGACGCGCGACGGCAUGAACCUCGUCUCGUACGAGUACGUCGCCGCCCAGCGCGACCGCCACGGCGUGCUCAUCCUGUCCGAGUUCGCCGGCGCCGCCCAGAGCCUCAUGGGCGCCGUCAUCAUCAACCCCUGGAACACCGAGGACGUGGCCAAGGCCAUCGAGACGGCCCUGACCAUGCCCGCCGAGCAGCGCGAGGCCAACUACAAGAAGCUCCAGCGCUACGUCUACCAGUACACCAGCCAGUGGUGGGGCAAGAGCUUUGUCAACGAGCUCAACGCCACCAAGCCGUCCUUGUGA